AUGGUUUCUUCUUUUCUGGGCACUCAUCUUUCUCUUUUCUACCAUAUUCUAUCAUUUCCAGAUGCCUUUCUUUCUUUUUCAUAUUCCUUCACAAAUACCGUCGCAAAUCUCGUUAAUGUGAUGGUUUUUCCCAUUUUCUUUCUUUCUUUUCUUUUUUCUUCCAUUCUUUUCUUUUUCUUCCCUUUACCUUCCUUUUCUUUUUUUUCUCUCGCCCUCUUUUCUUUCAUCCUUUUGUCCUUCCUAUCCUCUUUUUCUUUUUAUCUUUUUGUCCUCUUUAUCUUUUUCUCUACUUUCCUUUUUUCUUCUCUUCUUUUGUUUCUUUUCUUUUCUUUCCUGGCUCUUUUAUUUCUUUUUCUUCUGUUCUUUUGUUGUUCUUUUCUUUGUUUUCUUUUGUCCCUUUUCUUGUUCCCUUUCCUGCUGUUUUCUUGUUUUCCACAUUUCUUCCUCUUUCCUUUUUCUUUUAUUCUUCCUUUACUCUUUUCUUCUCUUCCGUAUUUUCUUUUUUCUUAUUUCCUUGCUCUUUUCUCUUUAUUUUUCUUCCUUUUUCUCCUUUUCUUCUUUCCUUCCACUUUCUUAUCCAUUUUUACCGGUAUUUAUUUUUCAGUUCAUUUUCUCUUUUGCAUUUAUUUUCAUAUCUUUCUUUCAUCUUCUUUCUUUUUUUCCUUCUUCUUCUUUGCUUUUGCUUUCCUUUUUUUCUUUUUCUCAUCUUUUUUACGCUUUAAAUUUUCCUUUUACAUUUCCCUCUCUCGUAUUCUUCUUUCUCACUUUUCUUUUCUCCUUCUUUUUCUCUCUUAUUCUUUUCCUUUUUCUCUUUUUUAUGUCUCUAUUUCUUUUCUAUUACUUUUUCUCUAUCUUUCACUUUACUCUAUAUUUCUUUCUAAUCUUUCGUUUUCUCUUUUUUUAUUUUUUCUUCCCCUUUUUCUUUCUCGUGCUUCUUCUCAUUUUCCCUCUUUCUUUUUCUCUUUCUUUUUCUAUCUCACUUUCCCUCUUCUAUCAUAA